CGCUUUCAGUUGGCAGGGCACGGAUUUAUUGAUGAAAAACCGAGAAACGCAGGGAAAUGGCCAGCGAAGAGAGGAUGUGGGGAUGUGAAAACCAUCUGACUCUCAGAAUAGAUGCAUAUUUGCGAAGUAUCUGGUCUUUGUCUCCGCUUAAUGAGUGAACGUGUGUCUGCGUGAAUGGAAAACGGCUCAUCUUAGCGCAAAACACCACAACUGGUCCUGUAUAAAUAAUAGAUGAAUACAGACACGCAGCGAGUUAACGGAGCUCGCGUCUCUCGAAAAGCUUGAAGGUUUAGUCUCUACGAGAAGAUGCGUCUGCUGCAACUGUUCAUGAAGCCAUAGCCAGUUUGGAAUGAAACAACAAGAUGUAGGAAGCAAAGGGGUCCAAGAAGCUAAAGGCAAGGAAAAGAACCAAGCCUGCCAAUUGACAGCUGACUACUGUGGAGGAGAGCUUGCAUGGUCACAGACUCUGAGAAGCUGCCGGCCGUGAUCGAGUCCACCAAAGAAAAUUUACCCAGUUUCCUGCGGUCAUGGGCAGAGCAGUUGCCAUGACAACUCUUUAUGCAUUCAGAUAGGAUGCUUUCGGGUGCAUCGAAAUAAUCACUAAAUCACAGGAAGAACCUCAGAUUGGAUUAAGGGUCAGCUGUUGCUGUAACACUGCAGAUAUAAACAGUACAUCUCUCAGAGGGCUGUACGGUGCAGUCACAGAGUGAGGAAGACAGCCACGUGUCUGCUCUGUUGUUGCAAGCCACCAUGAGAAUUCCAGCAGGCUCUCAACAUCCCCAGAGAGUUCUCUGAAGCCAUGCUGAGCAGAAGUUAAUCCUCUUUGGCAGGGGACUGUAUAGUUUGUCUAACUGCUCAUUGAGACAAAAAAAAAAUCUAAUAGUUUUUCGGAUGAAAAUAAACAUCAAGGUCCACUGUGACUAGGGAAAUGGCUGAGAAUUUUGACUGUGCCACCCAUGUCCAUGGAUUUGAUCUAGGUGCUCGUUACAUUGACUUGCAACCUCUGGGUUAUGGCGCCAAUGGACUGGUAUUUGCAGCCAUCGACAGCCAAAGCUACCGAAAAGUCGCAGUGAAAAAGAUCACUAUCAGUGACGCCCGAAGCCUCAAGCACGCUCUGCGGGAGAUCAAAAUUAUCCGGCGAUUGGACCAUGACAACAUUGUAAAGGUUUUUGAGGUUCUGGGCCCUAAGGGAAGCGAUAUACCUCAAGACAUUUAUCGGUUGAGUGUGGUUUACAUUGUCCAAGAACACAUGGACACUGACCUUGCUCGCCUCUUGGAACAGGGACCCCUUUCAGAGGAGCAUGCCAAGCUCUUCAUAUACCAGCUGCUUCGAGGACUUAAGUACAUACACUCAGCCAACAUACUGCACCGAGACCUAAAGCCGGCCAAUAUCUUCAUCAAUACCGAAGACCUGGUGUUGAAAAUUGGGGACUUUGGAUUGGCAAGGAUUGUGGAUCCACAUUACUCCCAUAAAGGUCAUCUUUCGGAAGGUUUAGUAACAAAGUGGUAUCGGUCUCCACGACUCCUUCUUUCACCAAACAACUAUACCAAAGCCAUUGACAUGUGGGCAGCUGGCUGUAUAUUGAUAGAGAUGCUGACUGGAAAAAUGUUGUUUGCUGGUGCACAUGAGCUGGAACAGAUGCAGCUGAUCCUGAAAACAAUUCCUGUCAUUCGAGAGGAGGACAAACAGGAGCUACUCCGUGUCAUGCCAGCUUACAUCAGCCCAAAGUGGGAGGUUUCAAAACCCCUGAAAGAUCUACUUCCUGAAGGAAAUGCCGAAGCCAUCGAUUUCCUGGAAAGGAUCCUGACGUUUAACUCGAUGGAUCGCUUAACAGCGGAAGAGAGCUUGGCGCAUCCCUUUAUGAGCCCUUACUCGUGCCCACAGGAUGAGCCAGUGUCUCAGCAGCCUUUCAGGAUUGAAGACGAGAUAGAUGACAUACUACUGAUGGAAGCAAGCCAGAGCCAGAUGUUCAACUGGGAAAGAUAUCAUGACAGCUUCUCUUCUGACUUGGAGUGGCUCCGGGACAAAUAUGGGGACUUAGAUGAGGUGCAACGAGAUCCACGUGCUAUGUUCAAAGCUGUGGCAGAGGAUGUGCAGGUCGACCCACGUAAAUAUUCACAGAGCAGCUCAGAGAGGCUCUUGGAGCAGUCUCACACGUCGAUGGACCGAGUGUGUGAAAUGGACUACGGACGAUCGUGCGAUUAUAAAAUUGGAUCGCCCUCAUACCUGGAUAGACUACUCUGGAGGGACAACAAACCCCAUCAUUACUCUGAACCCAAACUUAUUCUGGAUCUGUCUCAUCGGAAAAGAACAGCAACUGUCUCGUGUGUGGCUGUUUCUCUAGAUGAAGGAAAAUCUGACCUCCUUUUGAAAGUCUCUGACUAUAAGAAUGGGAGUCCUUUGAAAAUUGAUUGUUCCAGCUCUCUGCCAAACAUUCAGGAAAGGAGCCAGCCGUCAUCCCCGCGCACUUUGGCAUCUUCAGAAAUAUCAAACGGGGCAGGCUCCCAAUUUGAUUUUGAUGUCUUCAUCUCCAGAGCUUUGAAGCUGUGUGGGAAACAGGAAGAGCUAGCCGAUAGCAAACUGAAUGAUUUGAAUGGUACUUGUCUGCCAGAACAUACCAAUGAAAUAGUGCAGACCGAAGUUAAUGAGAAAGAGAGGUGGUAAGAUUCAGCUUUAUUGGCUGUUUCUGGAAUUAUGGCACUUGGGGUUUCACUUCAGAAAGGUGACAGCUCAACAAAACAAGCAGAACAUCCUAAUGGAAAAUAACCAGGAAAGUUAGUUCUUGGAGAUGUUAUGGGCUUGAUUCGUUCUAAUCCAGGAUUGCUACUUCACCCAUUGGAAGGUAGCUGGUAGGGAUGCUUUUAGAAAUAUGAAAGCUUGCAAUUUUUUGUGUAUUCCUAGACAAUAUCACCAAUGGUUUUAUACCAGCAGUGGACACUUUAUUCAGUACCUCCUGUACCUAAUAAAGUGGCCACUGAGUACAUGUUCAUGAUCUUCUGCUAUUGUACCCAUCCACUUCAAGGUUCGAUAUGUUGCGUGUUCAGAGAUCCUCUUCUGCACACUACUGUUGUAAUGAAUGGUUAUUUGAAUUACAGUUGCUUUCCUGUCAGCUUGAACCAGUCUGGCCAUUCUCCUCUGACCUCUCUCAUUAACAAAGUGUUUUUACUCAUAGAACUGCCACUCACUGUAUUUUUUUUUGUUUUUCACACCAUUCUCUGUAAACUCUAGAGUAGGGGUUCCCAGUCUGGGGUCCAUGGACCCCUUGCUUAGUCCAUGGCAUAAAAGUCUGGGAACUCCUGAUCUGUAGACUGCUGUGCAUGAAAAUUCCAGGAGAUCAACCGUUUCCGAGAUAUUCAAACCACCAAUAUUAGAGUCACUUAGGUCAUAUUUCUUCUCCAUAUAGAUGUUUGGUCUGAACAACAACUAAACUUCUUGAUCAUGUCUGCAUGCUUUUAUGCACUGAGUUGCUGGAACAUGAUUGGCCGACCAGAUAUUUACAUUAACAAGCAGUUGUACCUAAUAAAAUGGCCACCGUGUGUAGUUCCCUGACUGAGAAAACCCGAUAACAUUAAGUGACACAGUAAAUCUUUGGUUCAUGUUAUUGAAUUAGGGACAAUAACAUGGUGACGUUUUUUUAUUUUCAGAAUUUAAAUCUUUUUUUUACUUGAUACAUUGUCCAGUUGUUACUUUCUGCUGUUUUGUUCUCGGUUUGUAUGCAGAACUUCUGAAGUGAAUAUUUUAUGUCUGCCCCACUUCCUAUGCAAAGCCUCCUGAAUACCUUCCAUUUCAAGUUCAAACUGAAGUUCAAAUUCAAGUUUAUUUGUCAUUCAACCAACCACAUGUAUACAGCCAAACGAAACAGUAUUCCUCUGGGGCCAAGGUGCAAAACACAGACCAACACUCACACUCAGCAAACAGCACAUAUAGUACGUAUAAUUACAAUAGCAGAAAAACAUACUGUCACAAAUAAUAUUUUAAAAAUAAUGAUAUAGCCCAGGUCCCUGAGUGUCAUGGCCCGUAGAUUGAUGGUGCCUGAGAUGUUUGCAUUCUUGCCUACCCCUUCAACAAGAAUCCUGAUGGGUUUUAUUUUGGCAUAGCUUUGAGCGCAGAUCAUACACACAAGAGAUUCUGCAGAUGCUGGAAAUCCAGAGUAACACACAAAAUGCUGGAGGAGCUCAGCAAGUCAGGCAGCAUCUAUAGAAAAGAGUAAACAAUCGGCAUUUUGGGCCAAGACCCUUCUUUAGGACCAGAAGGAAGAGGAAAGAUGCCAGAAUAAGAAGUUUGGGAGGAAGGGAAGCAGGACAGCUAGAACGUGAUAGGUGAAGCCGGGUGGGUAGGAAAGGUAAAGAGCUGGAGAGGAGGGAAUCUGAUGGGAGAGGAGACUGGACCAGAGGAGAAAGGGGAGGAGGAGAGGCACAAUAAGAAUGUCAAAGUUUGGAAAUUCUACCAGGCAACUACAAUUGAACUUUAAAUAAUAAUAAAAAUUAGUACAAGGGUAAAUUCUAGGCAUUAUGGAACUUACUCUGGAUGAUUUGUUGCAUCCAAAAUUCCUUAAGCUGCAUAAUUUCUAUCUGAGCAGCUGAACUGCACAGUAUCUGCUGUGUUAGCAUCAGCCCAAGAGAUCGCUUUCAGCAUUUAUUUGUUAAUUUUACAAAAUGAUCUGUACUAAUUUAUAUUUUCCCCUAAGUAGAGUUAAUAGGACCUGAUGUUUCAAUCCCUAUGAUAAGUCAGCACCCUCGAUGUUGGCAGUGGGUUUGGAGUGGUGACAAGGAGGGUAGGUACCUCAUCGGGGUUAUCAGGUGGGCACCCUCCUUCUUUGACGCUUCGUUGAUAAGCCCACGAUGUCUUCAGAGGGCUCACCAUGCUACCUGGCGACCCAGAUACACCCUCCUCAGUUCCAUACCCUCCUGUCUUCAUCUUGCAGCCCUGUUGUUAUCUUUCCUUUUAACCCAAAUCCAAUUACUGCUUUCUUCUGCUGCAUUUGACAAGGAUUUUAUUGCCUGUUGGAGUGAAUAGCCCCUCACCCCCAUCUUCUUCAAUAGACUGGUCGUAGAUGUAGCCAUGAAUUCCCUGCAUCACACUUCUACAGGGAAAAUCUUGGUCUUCCAGCCAUUCUGGGCAGCUUCAGUUGCCAGUUCAGAGUACCUGGUCUUUUUCCUCUCAUAAGCUUCUUCUACACCAUCUUCCCAUGGUACUGUCAAUUCCACAACAUAUGCCAGCCUGGCUGUUGUGGACCACAGGACCAUGCCUGGCCAGAGUGUUGUAGCUGCUAUUUCUGGGGGAAACACAAGCUUUUUUCCCCAAGUACAUGUCCAUUUUCCACUCCCAAGCAACCUGCAGAAUGCUUACUGCGGAUGUUAUAUGGUGCUCUGGAGGUUGGCCUGCUGGUACAAAUCAUGUGAUGUGAACAUUUCUUGCCGAUGUUUGUGGGAGAGCAUUUGUGGUAAUUCGCCUCUGUUCCAGGAUUGAUGCCAGCUGUCUGAGAACUUGGUUAUGCCGCCCCUGACUGAGGCUCGUGGUGCAUCCUGUUAAAAUGAGCCUUAGUGAUCCAGGUGCUUGACAAAGAGAGCAAGUGGGGUCUUCUCCCCACCACUGGUUCAGGUUCUGGGGUGUAGGUAGGAGGUCAUAAGUGGCUCUGAUGACAAAACUUAGUGGAGAUCCCUCCAUCUCCCAGAUGUCGCACCAGCUGAGUUUCCUCUUUUCCAGGCUCUCCCAAUUAGUCCAUUGGCUCUACUUGGCCAUUGAGAUGGCCCUGGUGUGUCUCUCUGCCUCCUCCUGUCUUCUCACCUCCUCCACCAUGAGCCAUUUCUUCUGCACUGAUGUUGCCUUGUGCCAUUGAGGAGCCUUUGGGAUAAGCCCAAGCCCGGCUCUCCCAGGUUGGACCUGGCCAACCACAUCCCUGAAGUGAACAGCAGACCUAGCACCCUGAACAGCUUCAGAUGGGGUCCACUUCUUCCCUGUUGUCACAUGGGGAGCUGCUGUUCAAAUAACAGUAUCUUCAGAUUCAGUGAGGGUCAUGACCAACCUUGCUUUGUGCAUUUGAAUUCUUCUACAAGACUUGUAAUUGGUAAUUCCAAUUUGCUGUUCUCGUACAGUCCAACAGGACUUAAGCAUCGUGGAAGUCCAAGCCACCGUUUCACAUGUGUGCUGAUCACUCUUUUGAGCUUUUCCACCUUGUUGAUGGGGAUCUCAUACACUGUUAAAGGCCACAUGAGUCUUGGGAGUAUGCCGAACUGGAAGCACCACAGUUUGAGUUUUCCUGGCAGCAAGGUCUUGUUGAUGAGAGCUAUCUACGUGAUGGUAUCCUUUUUGAGUUGUUUAAACUGCUCGGUGUCCUUGAGCUUAGCAUCAUACCAUCGACCCAAGCUCUUCACUGGCAUUUCUGACACAGUUGGGGCAGGUAUUCCGUCAAUAUGAAAUCUUUGAUCCGUGACUUGACCUUUGACAAUGGAGAUGUUUCUGCACUUGCUGGGCUUGAUCUUCAUCCUCGUCCAUGUGAUGUUCUGAUUAAGCUUUCACAGAAGUCUCUUGGUGCCGGGGACAGAUCUCGUCAGUAUUGUUAUAUCGUCUAUAUAGGCUCGUAUCAGUGGUAACCAUUGACCAAACUGUAGCCGUUUUCCUCCUGCAACCCAUUCUGAGGCUCUGAUAAUGAGCUCCAUUGCCAUAGUGAAGGCCAAUGGGGAGAUGGUACACUCUGCCAUGAUGCCUAUUUCCAGUGGUUGCCGAGCUGUGGUGAAGUCUGAUGUUGUGCGACAAACUUGCAGAUCCUGGAAGUAGUGUUUUACCAGAUUUGUUAUUGUUUCAGGCACCUGCAAGAAUUCAAAAGCAGUCCACAGCAGGGAAUGAGGAACUGAUCUAUAGGUGUUGGCCAGGUCGAGGAACAAGACCUUUCUUUCUUUCUUAGACAUCUGGAUUUGAUGCCAUAUGAAGCUGGUAUGUUCAAGGCAUCCAGAGAAGCCUGCUAUGCCAGCCUUUUGGAUUGAUGUGUCAAUGAAAUGAUUUUGUUUUAGAUACUUUGUAAGUCUUUGCACCAACAUGCUAAAAAAGAUCUUGCCUUCUAUGUUCAGAAGGUUUAUUUGGCAAAGCUCUUUGAUGGUGGAUGAAUUCUUUUCUUUUGGGAUCAGAACUCCGCCUGCUCUUCUCCAGGCUUUAGGGGUCACUUGCUUUUCCCACGCAACCUCAUGUUUCUCCAGAGAAAUUUCAGAACAUCUGGGGUGUUCUAGUAGACACUAUAUGGAACACCAUUAGGGCCUGGUGCUGAUGCCAACACUGAAAAACAGAAUCAAGAGUUCAUGAAACCAAAUGGUAAUUUUGGACUAAAGGUACAUAAUAGAACAGGAUGGAAAAAACAUUUCAGUUACUGACAUAAAGCAUUUUUAUAAUGAACAAAGUAAAUUCAAAGUUACUACCAAAUCUAAAAAAAGUUCAAAGUAAAUUAAUUAUCAUGGUACAUUAAUAUCACCAAAUACAACCCUGAGAUUUAUUUUCUUGCAAACUCCACAGUAAAUCCAAGAAACACAAUAGGAUCAAUGAAAGACCGUACAUAACAAGGCAGACAAAUAACCAACGUGCUAAAAGAAAUAACAAACUACAAAUAGAAAAAGAAACAGGGAAAAAUAGAAAUAAUCAUAAUAAUAAGUAAAUAAGCAAUAAAUACCGAGACCAUGAGAUGAACAGUACUUGAAAGUGGGUCCAUAGGUUGUGGGAACAGUUGGUUGGGGGUGAGUGAAGUUAUUCCCUCUGAUUCGGGAGCAUGAUUGUUGAGGAGUAUUAAAUCUUCCUGAACCUGGUAGUGUGGACCCUGAGGCUCCUGUACCUCCUUCCUGAUGGCAGCAGUGAGAAGGAAGUAAUUUUGUUUUGAUAUGGUAUAUUUUUAUUUAGACUAAGGAUGGUGUAACAUAGUGUAGGGCGCCAUGGUGGCAGAUAGAAUGACACUAUUACAAUUCAGUGUGUCGGAGCUCGGUGUUUAAUUCCAAAAUUGUCUGUAAGGAGUUUGUAUGUCCUUCCUGUGAGCAUGUGGGUUUCCUCUGAGUGUUCUGGUUUCUUCCUGCAGUCCAAAGAAAUAUCAGUUAGUAGGCUAAUUGGUCAUUGUAAAUUGUCUCGUGAUGAGGCUAAGAUUAAAUUGGGGAUGGCAUGGCUCGCUGGUCUGGAAGGGCUGUGUCUCUAUCAUUGUUCCAUUAUAAUGAUCCAUUGUGAACAUCAGUCAUAUUAUUCUCAUAUCUAUGUCUAAAAGAACUGUAAUAUCAAAGAUCAUUAUACACGUGUACAUGUAUUAGGAGUUUGCUGUGGUGUGUUGGUGAGGGCACAAUGUGGAACAAAAAACAACAGAAUUCAAUAAUGAUGAAUAAAAUGAUGCAUCAUUUCAUAUCUGUGUAAGAAUGAAAUGUUACAUCACUGUGAUGUCACUGUUUUAUAUUUCCCUUUCAUACUUACCACAGACAAAUUUAAUCCAACCCAUUUUGUGUUUACCUUUUCAAACAUUUGUUGGUCAUUUUGGGGGAGUUCCUCCAGCAUUUUUUGUGUGUUAUUGGAGCUUUUGCUGUUUAAAUAUCCCACUUUGCUGUAAUCCAGAGUCAAGCAAACUGAAAAAAAAAGAAAGAAAAUAUGUUUCUGAAAUAUAUGCUAAAACUUCAGAUAUUUUUCAAUCCAAUUCCCUCACCAUGGAGCACUUUAAUACAGAAACAAGUCCAUUGGCCCAUCUAGUUUGUGCCAAACUGUUACCUAGUCCCAUUGACCCACACCUGGACCAUACCCUUCCCAUCCAAACUUCUCUUAAGUGUUGCAAUCAAACCCGCAACCACCACUUCCACUUGCAGCUUGUUCUAUACUCUCACUACUCUUUGUGUGAAUAAGUUUCCUUUCACAUUCUUCUUAAACUUUUCACCUUUCACCCUUAACCAUGACCUCUAGUUCCAACCUCAGUGGAAAAAGCCUGCUUGCAUUUACUGUAUCUAUACCCCUGAAAAUUUUGCAUAUCUCCAUCAGAUUUCCCCUCACUCUGCUACAUUCUAGGGAGCAAAGUCUUAAACUAUUCAAUCUUUCCCUGUAACUCAGGUCCUCCAGUCCCAGCAAUCACAUCAUAAAUUUUCUCUGUACUGAAUAAUGUUUAUUUAUUAAUCUCUGAUUUACAAGAUUUGUAAGAUUAAAUUAUAUAUUGUUAAUAGGGCACAGGAGUAGAACAGUAUGUUGCCUUUUACUCUUCUAAAUCAUCUGAUCUACUAUGUCCCAUAUUACAGAAUAUCUAAAAUGUUUGCUUUAUGGAUGCUGCCCAGCCUGCUGGGGACUUCCAUUAAUUUUUGCUCAAUUCUAGUUUUGCAAAUUAUACACAGGAGGUUCAGCGGACGCUGAAAGUACAGAGUGACACACACAAGAUUGUAGAUCAAUCAGUAAGAAAUAUUCAGAGCUAUCUUCACUGGGGGUACUUAAUGGUCUGGGACUAAAGAAAAUCACAGAAUCAUUUUUGUUUAUAAUCCUGCUCAAACUCUCAAGUCUUCUUCUGCUUGGUUGUUUAAAUUUAAACUAUCUCCCUCAAAAGAUAAUUGGCAGGUCAGCUUUUUUGAACUAUUCUCCUAAACUAUGGAAUUCAAUACCUAAAACUAUGGGUAUCACAAUAGCGUAGUGAUGAUUUACAGUACCAGUGACCCGGGUUCAACUCCUGUUGCUGUCUGUAAGGAGUUGGUUCAUUCUCCUUGUGACUGUAUGGGUUUCCUCCAGGUGCUCUGAUUUCCUCUUAAGGUCCAAAGAUGUACAGGUUGGUAGGUCAUUGUAAUUUGUCCCAUGAUUGGGCUAGGGUUAAACUGGGAAGUGCCGGGCUGCAGCUCUAAGGGCCAGAGUGGCCUUUUCUGUGCUGCAUCUCGAUAGAGAAACAAGGCUUGCAGACCUAGUUGACACCUUGAAAUGCCAGCUAAAACCCUAUUUAUUUAACCUUGCUUCUAACCAACAUCUUCAUCUUUUAUUUUCAUGUUUAUACUUUUAUUCCAUUGUAAAGCACUUUGAACUACAGCAUUUAUAUGGAAAGUGCUCUAUAAAUAAAGUUAUUAUUAUUAUUUCAGUUUACCACAAGCAGCUCAAAGGAGUGGAGAGUAGUUAACCCCUAGUGAUGGAGACUUGUUGAACAUUACCAUACUACUUACACUGGUAUCUUGUUGAAUUGAGCAUGCGUUGUACAUGACUCAACUGAAAGUUCAAAGUAAAUUUCUUGUCAAAGUACAUAUAUGUCACCACAUACUACCCUGAGAUUUGGGGGGGUUUUUGCAGGCAUUUCACAGCAAAAUAAAAAAAUACAACAGAAUCUACAAAAAACUAUUCACAAAUGCACAAACAACCAAUGUGCAAAUGAAGACAAACUGUGUAACUGUCCAGUGGUAGAUUCCUUGAAGUGAUUCUGUUGGUUGUGGAGUGUGUUCAGAGUUGUCAUGAGUGAAGUUAUCUACACUGGUUCUGGAGCCUGAUGUUUGAGGGGUAAUAUCUGUUCCUAAACCUAGCUGUGAGGUACCUAAAUCUCCUGUACCCCCUUCCCUUUGGUAGAAACAAGAAGAGAGCAUGGCCUGGAUGGUGGAGGUCCAUGAUGAUGGAUUCUGCUUUCUUGUGGCAACGCUCCUUGUAAAUGUGCUCAAUGGUGGGGAGGGCUUAGCCUCUGAUGGGCUUUCCUGUUCCUGAGCAUUGGUGUUUCAGGAGCUUGAUGGUUGCAGGGUAAUAACUGCUACUCAUCCUCAAAGCAUUCUCCAAUUGAAUAAAAGAUGUUUUAAUGUCAAGAAGACAUUAAUAUGCCGCAGUUUUAGAGUGAAUUGAUGUGACAGAAUUGUUGAUUUAUUUAUCACAAAUAUAUUGGGUAUUACAAAUUAUUAUGAAUAUUUUGGCUGCAAAAAAGUUUCCAUACACAAGAAUCAGUAAUAGCCAGUUGCUUUCUUGAGUUAUAGUCAUAGAGCACUACAGCACAAAAGCAGCCCCUAUGACCCAUCUAGUCUGCGCCAAACUUGUCCCAUCUACCUGCAUACAGACCACAGCCCUCCAUACUCUUAAUAUCCAUGUAUCUACCGAAAUUUCUCCUAAAUGUUGAAAUCAAACACGCAUCAACCACUUUGCAUUGGCAUUUAUAGUUAAAUAAUUCUACAUUUUCUGAGAUUCUUCUUUAUCUGGGAGAAUUCUGAACUACUUUCAUUUGCUUUAUAUUAGUAUGAACAUCAGCCAAACACUUGGGAUACAGGACCCUCCAAGUGCUGUAUGAAUUUGUAAGGUAUGAAGCCUACAAUAAGUAAUGGAUAUGGCUUUGUCUAUCAUGGGUAAAGCCCUCUCCACCACUGAGCACAUGUGUACGGAACAUUGUCGUAGGAAAGCAGCAUCCAUCAUCAUGGAACCCACCGUCCAGGCCACGCUCUCUUCUCACUGCUGCCAUCAGGAAGAAGGUACAGGAGCCUCAGGUUCAGGAACAAGAUUCUCAAUCAUCAGGCUCUUGAACCAAAGGGGAUAACUUCACUCAACUUCACUCACCCCAUCACUGAACUGCUCUCACAAACUCUGGACUCUCUUUCAAGGACACUUCAUCUCAUGUUCUCAAUAUUUAUUGAUUUUUUCCCCUUUCAUUUUGUUUUUGCACAUUUUGUUGCCUUCUGUGCAUUGUUUCUCUGCCUUUUUGGGUGAAGUUUUUCAUUAAUUCUAUCAUCUUUCUUUUAUUACUAUCAAUGGCUACAAGAAAACGAAUCUCAGGGUUGUAUAUGGUGACAUAUAUGUACUUUGAUAAUAAAUUUACUUUGAUCUUUUGUAAACCCGAUGAGCUCAGAAUAUCUUGGGCAUAGGAAUUUAUACUGAUUGUUGUGCCUUACUGCUGUUAUGUUGGGCCUCAAUUAGAUUAGGAUAUUGUUAUCAUGGGUAGAAAAUACAAAAGAAUUGUGCAAGCAAGUGGCAAAAUAAAUCUUAAAAUGUAAUUGAAACAAUUAUGCUUUGCAAGAAAUUAAAUAGUAAUGUGCUUCUUUUAUUGAAAAUGGUGGCCUUAAAAAUGAAUUUGAUUUACUAAAGCAAAUGGUUACCAGCUCAGGAGAUCUGCUUAAAUAUGGCCUCAAAAUAGUUUUGCUAUAUUUUAUUAUGAAAGUAGGCCUGCAAAUGGGAUAAUAUCACUUUAAAAUGGAAAGAAUUAGGUAUCUUGAUAAUGCACUGUAUAGUAAAAUUUAUAUUUAAGAUCAGUGACAGAAAUGAAUGUUUUACACAACAUUGUAAUUCAUGCAUAAGACAGAAUUUCAAUGUGCAUUUUAUAAACACCAUGUUAAUUGACUCAAAAUAUGAGAUGGAAAGAAUGCGUUGUGGUUUUAUUUUUAAAAGCAUUUACUGUAUAUUCUUCAUUAUUCUUGAUUUAUCAGGAUGUAAGGGUAAACAUGUAAAUCCCUCCAAAAAUAAAGAUAAUUUUUUCAAGAAUA